CCCCAAUGCUUCACGGUGGACAUUUACGAUGACCACUCGGCCUUGUGCGUUUGGAUGAAGCUCUUUGAAAGGGAAUAAAAAAGGAGGAACACGGGGAGGUUGUCCCAGGCAGUAAAAGCACAUUAGGUUGCAGCAAAAAAAAAAAAAGGGAGGAGGACAUAGAGUCUCGACGACUUCCAGAAGAGCCUGAGCGGACCCGGGAGCCCUUCCCAGCUGGCUGCAGCUGAUGCAGCAGGGGAAUCUUCUGGAGAUGACGAUGUGGAAGCUUUUUGGAAUAUUCUUUUUUUGUGGCCUCUUCUCACCCUCUCAAGAAGUCUUGUCCGGUCUGUCCUGCGCUGUCAGUCCAGGGGCAAUGCAGAAUGUUCUCUCAGAUGCCAUAAUUCAUAACGGGCUUCUCCAGCAGCACCUGCAGGGGCUUGUGCUCCCAAACAUCGUGGGUGACGGGGGUCUGCUGAGCUCUCCCACCAGCAUCACUGGACUGCACCUUGUGAAGGUUCAGCUCCCCAAGCUCUCGGUGGUGCUGCUGUCAGGAAUCGGGGUCCAGCUGACCAUUGCUGCAAAGCUGGAGCUCAGCGGCAACUGCUUGGUUGGCCUUCUUUCAGAUCUAAUUGAUAUCUUAGUGGAUGUGAACAUUACUGCAAACAUAAAAUGCACGAAUUUUGAAUCGGGCACAGUCCAGGUCGUCAUUGAAGAUUGCCUCUGCAUUCUUGGUGCCAUAAAGAUCAAGAUCCUUUCUGGCUUGGUUGGCCUUCUUUCAGAUCUAAUUGAUAUCUUAGUGGAUGUGAACAUUACUGCAAACAUAAAAUGCACGAAUUUUGAAUCGGGCACAGUCCAGGUCGUCAUUGAAGACUGCCUCUGCAUUCUUGGUGCCAUAAAGAUCAAGAUCCUUUCUGGCUUACUGUCCCUAUCAGUAAAUGAUAUAGUGCUUAACCAGCUGAGAGCAACUCUGCCAGGUUUGCUGUGUCCAGUAGUUGAUAUUGUCAUCAACCUUGUGAACAUCCAGCUCAUGGGCACUCUCAACGCGGUGAUCCCAGUCGGAACGGCAGGAACAAUUCACUACCAGCUGGCCAGCCUCCCAUUUACCUCUGGCUUGUUCCUUGGGUUGGAUUUAGAUGGUGCGGUGAAGCAGGUGGGAGGCAGCAUCAUCCCCCAUGACUCGUCUGCCUCGGCUUUACCUCCGCUGCUGGACAAGCUUCUGGUCUUGGGGCUGCGCCAGAGCUUUCUCAAUGCAGUCCUGUCCCUCCUCAUCCAGAUACCGCCACAGACCUUCCCCUGCUCGCCAGAAAUCUUCUCCGGUGCCAGUCGUCUGCAAGAAGCCAUCACAACCCUUGCUCCUGGUGGGUGCUCCAGCUGCCGCGGGACCAGUCCUCUGGUCAUUAAGCUAACGUUGUCUGGGAACCCACUUAUCCUCUUGGAAGAAAACAAAGCCACCGUUGAGCUUUCGGUCAUGAUUCAGCUGCUCAUUGAGCGAUUAGAUGGAUCCAUCCUCAACCUCCUGCUGCUGAAGGCUGACCUUGGUCUAAAUGCCCUCGUGUCGAUUGCUGGAGGCAAACUGGUGCUGGGGUUGUCCCUGGGCAGCACUUCCCUCUCCUUGGAGUCUUCUGACAUCGGCAUCAGCAGCAUCUCCAACCUGAAGCCACACUGCAGCAGUCUGCUGACGGAAACCUUUCUGCCCCUUCUCAACGGUGCUCUGGGCAUCGGGAUCCCUCUGCCAAACGUGCUGGGCAUUCCCUUAAUAAAGGUGAAUGUUCAGAUAUUAAAGGGCCUGUUGGUGAUUCUCGUGUGAUCCGAGGAGCUCAAGGCACAGAGAGGUCUUUCUGGGCAGAGAAAGAGCAAGAGAGACCAACGAGGAUGGAGCACCGAGACCAGCAUUAUCUACUUUUCUUUUCUAAACUUGAUUCAAGAUUCUUGAUAACAUUUAAGACACUUCAAAGUUAAUUGGCCCGUGUGAGUACUAAGACACCUGCAUAAGCCAACACCUGAUAGGCAGCUCUGUGUACAAAUAUUUAUUUAGAGAAAUUAGCAUGAUUUUGGGGUCACAGUUAUAGCAGUUGCAUGCGAUGCUGCCCUGGAAUUGUUAAAUUUCUUCUGAGGGAAAAUUGUUCUUGAUAUUAUGGAAAAGUGAACUUGUUACAUAUGGCUUUUGGAGUAAAUGUCACCAUCCAUGUUCACA